UUCGCCAAUUGCGCAACAGGACGUACGCUGUCUAUUGCAUGGGCUUGCAGGGACAAGUACAAAGCCUUACAGGAGUGUAUGCUGCAAUACACAAGUGAAACAGCCAUGGACGAUGUCCGAAGGGAAUAUCUUCGAUUAAGAGACCAACAGAAAACGCCUCAAGCAACACUAUGA